AUGGAUAUAGUCGCAGGAGCUGCGAGCGUUUCCCAACUCAUUGCCUACAGCCUUUCAUCAGCUCACUGUCUGCAGCAGCUCUACAACGAGCUCAAGAACUUCGGGACUUCAUAUCGCAACGAAGAAACGAAUGUUUGCCUGCUCCUAGACGUCAUCAAGGGGCUUUCGGACCAGGGUGUCGAUGAUAGCGACCCUAUCCUUCCUAUCCUGCUGGAUAUUUCCAGACUCGCUUGCGAAAUCUUACACCUCCUUCAGCCCCGACGGCUUCUAGGGAUCAAUUGGACCCCUCUUACUAAACAGGACGAGCUGAAGUCAUCCUUUGGGGCGCUGGAUAAGAAGCAGAAGCUGCUGCAUCUGCGUGUCUCUGGAGAAACUCUCACGGCUCUUCGAACAGUAUCCAGACAAGGGUCAUUUUUCAGCCUUGCUCCAACUCACACGAUGGCUACGCCUCCUCCCCCAAAGUUUACUUGCAACAACAAUAACAUUAGAGGAGUUCAGGAAGUGCUUUGUGGAUAUGAAGUCCGCCCUAUCGAUGCUGAAGUCAACAACAACGACGUUUCUUUCAUGUCUGUCAAUCGUGCGGGCAACAAGAAUGAAUUGUCCGGAGAACAGAUUGUGAAGAUCGUCAGUGAGCAAGCAACACACAGUUCGGAGAAAGCAGCCAAUGACGCGGCCAAACAAGACCAAGCUGGAAACCAGGGCGCUACAGGGGGCAGAGUUAUGCUAAUUUGCGCUAGGAGGAUGUAG